UUUUAUUUUGUUUUCUAUUAUCAGUUCCUCCUUUUCCGGUCACGCUGCACUUACGUGGCUGUUCCUGCUCUUUUCCGGUCGGACAGAUUCUUCUCUCUUCCUGUCACACGAUGGAGUUGGAAGCCAUGACGAGAUACACCAGCCCGGUGAAUCCGGCGGUGUUCCCUCAUCUCACUGUAGUGCUGCUGGCCAUCGGCAUGUUCUUCACAGCCUGGUUCUUCGUAUAUGAAGUCACGUCCACAAAGUACACACGAGAUGUGUACAAAGAGCUGCUCAUCUCUCUGGUCGCGUCACUCUUCAUGGGCUUUGGCGUUCUGUUCCUUUUACUCUGGGUCGGCAUUUACAUCUGAAAGUUGAGGAAAAAAGAGACGGCAUGUACAGCUAAACAUUCCGGGUUGAUCCGAGCGUUCCGAGGACGAGUGCUGGAAUCUGGGGUGGAGUUUGCACUGGCAAAAUGGCGGGAUUGUGGGUUAAUAUUUCACCAAUAAAAUCUGUUUUUGUUAGAAAACCAAAAA